GCGCCCGCCUCGGCUGAGUAGUCAAGAGACCAACGAACGGGUGAACCUGCUAAAGGCACCCGCCGCACUCAACCGCCGCUUCCUCCACCACCUUCGUCUUCUUUUCAUUACGGCGACAGCUGACACCGCCUUUUCUUCCGCCGCUGUCAACAUUUUAUUCGUAUUUGUGGGAAGCAGAAGAGCUAGGCGGCAAGGUAGAGCGGCGUGGAAGAUGCGAGCCUUGGAUGCGGACGCGCACCUGGUACUGCCUCUUUCUACGUGGGAACUGCUUGGCAUGGAAGAAACGAUAUUUCAUGUUUAUAUUUAACACGAGAAAAGUUACGCUUCAUAUUUUCUGAGUGCGUAUUUUCUUUUUUUAUAGCAAUUUAUGACUUGACUGAACCAAGAGAGGAUUAAAAGGACACCAACGGCAGCGACAGAUUUGGAGACCCCCUCCCCCUUGAAAGUUACACCAAAUUGAUUAUUAGUGUUAUUUGGGAUGGUUCUAACCUCCAUUUAACUACCACGCAACUUGAGCGCCAGCGUUCGAAAAGUUUCUCUCGGUUACUUUUACGCGCGGGAACGCACGCCACACCAGCUGAGUUUCUAGUUUCUUCAAAGUCGCAAGUUUCCCCCCCUUGUGGGUUCGACCGAGGCUUUUUCGGACCCAGCGGCCCGUGACUUGUGCCGUCGCCCCGAUGCGUCUCCCCCCUUCGCGGGCGCUCCCGUGGAUCGUGUUGUUGUGGACCGUCGUCGAGUGGCUCCCCGAUGCGAGCGCCAUGGGCUGCCUCCAGAGCAUCUCGUGCAAGCCCAAAACCUUCCGAGAUGGCGUCGCGGUACUGCAGGUGAACGCGUUCAUCGACCCCAACCCCACCAGCAUCGACGAGUCGUCGGCCGUCGUUCUGCGCUACCGCACGCCGUACUUCAGGGCCCAGGCCCUGGUGCUGGUGCCGCCGGUGGCCGCCAACGAGACGUGGACCGUCGGAUGGAUCCAAGCCUGCAACCACAUGGAGUUCUACAACACAUAUGGCAGCAAGGGGAUGUCGAGUUGGGAGCUCCCCGACCUUCGCGACGGCAACAUACGGGCCAUCAGCGACUCGGACGGCGUCAACUAUCCCUGGUACGGAAACACCACGGAAACGUACACCGUUGUGGGCCCCACGCGGCGGUACAGCAGGUUCAUAGUGAGCAUGAACGACAACUUCAAACCCAGCAUCACCUGGGCCGUACCCGUCAACGACAGCAACGUGGCUGAGCUCACCGCCAUCCGCCGAGACCAGAGCUUCACCACCUGGCUGGUGGCCAUCAACCGGGCCACGAACGAGACCAUGGUCCUGCAGACCGUCCGCUGGAAGAUGCGCCUCCUCAUCCGCGUGGACCCGGAGAAGCCCCUCGGUCAGCGGGCCAUCCUCCUGGAGCCCGUGGCCCAGGAGCAGCCGCAGAUCCUGGGCGAGAACGAGAGCAUCCCGCCCAAUGCCAUGGUCAAGCCCAACGCCAACGAUGCCCAGACGCUCAUGUGGCGUCCUCAGGAGGGAGAGCCCACGGUGGUCAUUCCACCUAGAUACUGACGGCCCACACACACACACACACCUUUCAUACCAAAAUAGUAUCAACUUGAGCCCCUUUCACACAGCCUAAAAGCCAGUGUUUAUAUGUGAUUGCGGGAUGCCGUGUCACCAUCUGAGAGUACAGUAGCGGCACUCAGCUUUUUUGUUGUUGAAGGCACAGCGGUAACUUGUGUGACAUCUCAAAUGCGUCCAUUUUGCUGAAUCUGCGUGAAAGAGUGUUAAUUGUCCGUCGAAUUAUACAGCAGCUGUGAAGAAAUACAUUUUUUGCUGGGGUGAGCCAUUGAAAGACUGGACUGAACAAACGGCAACCUUUCUACCUUGAAGCCGGCUUACUGUGCUAAAAGGAAGUCAUCGAUUUCAAUUGAGUACUUUUGGGUGGAUUUUGAAGAUUUGCUAUGAUUUAAUCAUUGGUUUUGUGCACGUGUGUUUUUAUUUAUCGGCUGGGAGAGAGUGCAUUUUUGUUUUUUGUUGUUUGACACAAUCCAUGCUGCCUUACGUGUGUGUAUGCCACUCUCCGCUCCGUCCAAAUCCUUUUAAGCCUUAAAACAAAGUGCAAUGCAGCAUUUUGUCCUGUCGUUCCCGGGUUUUCCUUUCAUGAGUUAAAGUCUAGGCCUCAACUCUAAAAAGCUCAUUUUAUAUAUACAGUAUAUUAAAAAAAUCCUGCAAUGUAUGUCAUGACAAAGAGCAGCUAUUGAUGUAGCGAUAAGCUACAAUAAUGCUUCCCUGCUUUUUUUUUUGUGUUCAUGUUGGCAAAAUGUUCACAAUGCAAGUUGAUGGAAAAAUAUAUUACAAACCAUGUCUUUGUUACUAAAUCCUUUUUCAAAUAAAUUACUGAGUGUCCUUGCCAA